AUGGUCAACGCCGGCAGGCGAUCAAAAUGUUGCUUCACGUGUCGCCAGCGACGGGUCAAGUGUGAUCUGCAAAGACCACACUGCCGGCGUUGUACGGAUGGCGGACGAACCUGUCCCGGCUACCCGGAACCCUGGGAUGUCUUGCUUCGCAUGCAGAACGCUUUCGCUAAGAGAAAAGUGCAGACGCGGGUGGAAAAAGUCAUGAGCGCUAGGAGAAGUGAACAGCAAGAGAGACGGGUAGUCAGCAGCAUCCCAUGCGGAGUUCACCUCCCUGCCGAGCUCUACAGCUGGAGCCAUUUCUACAGGGAUUAUGCAAUUGACUCUGGAUUUACAUUCUUGAACAUGCUCCCGGGUUUCUAUAACAACAGCUCGUCACCGUGCUGCCAGGAAGCACUCCACGCCGUUACCUUGGCUAGCUUAGCUCGCCAACGUCAGCAGUCCGAAUUGAUGGUUAGGGCAAGGUGGCACUACGGUAAGGCAAUUACAGCGCUUAACUUGGCACUGAAUGAUCCGGUUAUGACUGCUGACGAUUCGGUUCUGAUAACGUUACUUACGCUUUCACUCUUUGAGACAAUUGUACCGGACUCCUUGGAGACAACAAUGCCUGAUGUUGACUUUCACUGCCAUAUCCAUUUCCGUGGUACGUUGCUCCUGCUUCGAUGGCGAGCUCAGCGGUGCCAAAAUUCGGAUCUGGAUAAGCGCGUCUUUGCGUUCUUCUCCUACAUUUGUUUCAUGAGUAUGUUCGUAAAUCACGAGUCGGGCGACUCGAAGUGGUCAGCCCUAGAGGAAUUUACGACUCCAUGGAUAGAUGCUCCCCUCUUAGAGCCAGUUCUUAGUCAGGCUGUUCAGUUUAGGAGGCGGGCGCGAGUUCAACUCACUGGAAUGGGCCAUCGCGCAUCUAGAUUGCAGAACCUUUCCAAGCUGAUCAGGGACGGGAUCCACAUUAGCGAUGAACUGGAAACUGCAGCCACAAGUGCUCAAUUCUCUCUACACAGAGAUCAACAUUACACUGCAUUCAAUUACCUUCUCGAGGUCUCUACCAUAACAACAGAGGCAAUUGCGAGGAGUCUAUAUCGAACCAUUAGGUACCACAUCAUGGAGUUAGUUAUGGGCUUGAUAAUAGCCCUUGGAGACGAAUGGGAGGAGCAUGAAAGGGUUAUUACUCACCCUGCACUCGCUGAUCUACAGCUCUUCCCUCAUGAAGAGCCUGUAGUAAUCCUAGAGCAGAUCUGCGAGGAGAUUUGUGCUGUUCUUGGCUUCAGCAGCGCGAGCGGUAUGGAAGAGAAUAAGACUGGAAUGGCUUAUCGAUCUUUUGGCAUGUUCUUCCCUAUUGUAGUUCUCUUAUUCUCUUCAUCAGCCGGGAAGGGAAAGAAAGUCUGGCUUCAAGAAAAACUUCAGUUCAUCGGCGCGACGAGCGGCCUCGGUCUGGCAACGUACGCGGCGGGAAGAGCUACCUUAAUGUCUAGAAUAUAA